AUUGUGACUUCGCCAUUAUGAUGCAGUGACCAUGCAGGGGAGGGCUGGUGGUUAUACUCCUCCAGGAUCAUUUUCUUCUUCCCUUUACUUCCCCCCUUUUGGCAGGGAAAGGCCAGAUGACAACCUGAAACUCAGCCAAGCUUGCAGCUGUGGUCGCUGGUGAAGUCAACUCCAGCAAACCGGAGGCAUUAAUAAUCUUCCUGAGGUGCUCCUCUCUUUUUCCAAUUCCCACCUUGAUAGAGGGGUAUCUCAAAGUGGGCGAAUCAAAUUGAGAAGGACUGGGAACAGCCAACAACCUCCCACCACAGCACAGUUAAGGGAUCCUGUUCCAUCAAGACAGUUAGUCAUCAGCCAAUCAGUUGUCUGCCAACCCAUCAUCUGCCACCCCAUCCUUAGUCAACAAAGCAGGAAUCAACUGGGCAUGAACCAAUCAGGCACGAACCAAUCAAGUUUAUCAGACUCGAACCAAGCAGGCAUAAACCAGCCAAGCACAAACUCACUUGGUAUGAACCAAAUGGACAUGAACCAACGGAGUGCAAGCCUAUAUGAAAUGAACCAAGUGGACAUGAAACAACCAAGCAUGAGCCAAGCUGGCAUGAGGCAAUCAGGUACAAACCUACCAGACAUAAACCAACCUGGCAUGAAACAACCAGACACAUGGCAAUUAGGUAGGAGCCAACCAGGCAUGUGGCCACAAAGCCUGAGCCAACUAGUCCGGAGUGAAGCAAGCAUAAGCCAACCAGGUCCAUCGCAACGAGGCCCAAGCCAAUCAGGCCCCAGACAAUCAAGCACGAGCCAAGCAGGCACAAACCAAUCAGGUAUAAGCCAACCAGUGAUGUGGCAACUAGACAUGAGACAGUCAGGUGGGAGCCAACCAAGCAUGAGACAAGUAGGCACCAGCCAAUCAGGCACAAGCCAAAUAGGCAUGAGCCAACCAGGCACAUGGCAAACAGGCCUGAGCCAACCAGCCCCGAGGCAACCAAACAAGAGUCCACCAGGCAUGUGGCAACCAGGCAUGAGCCAGCAAGUCCCCAGCCAACAAGGCAUGAGACAACCAGGCACUAGCCAAUCAAGUAAGAACCAAACAGGCAUGAGCCAUCCAGGCAGGGGCCAACCAGGCAUAUGGGAACCGGGGCCGAGUCAGCCAGGCCUGAGCCAACAAGACCUGAACCAAUUAGUGCUGAGCCAACCAGGCCUGAGUCAACCAGGCAGGAGCCAACCAAGUGUGAGCCAAAUGGGCAUGAGGCAAACAAGCAUGGAUUACUUUCAAAUAAGACGUGCAGAGGCUGGAGACUGCCCAGAAAUUUUGCGACUGAUUAAAGAAUUGGCUGCCUGUGAAAACAUGCUAGAUGCAAUGGAGUUAACAGCAGCUGAUUUACUCAGAGAUGGCUUUGGGGACAAUCCCCUUUUCUACUGCCUGAUUGCAGAAGUAAACGAUCAACAAAAACCAUCAGGCAAACUGACUGUUGGAUUUGCCAUGUACUACUUUACAUAUGACUCAUGGACUGGCAAGGUACUUUACCUAGAGGACUUUUAUGUCACACAAGCUUACCAAGGCCUAGGUAUUGGAGCUGAAAUGCUGAAGAGGCUAAGUCAGAUAGCCAUCACAACUCAAUGUAACUGCAUGCACUUUCUUGUCGUCAUUUGGAACCAGGCUUCUAUCAACUACUAUACUAGUCGAGGGGCUUUAGACCUUUCCUCUGAGGACGGCUGGCAUCUCUUCAGGUUUAACAGAGAAGAACUCCUGGACAUGGCAUGGGAAGAAUGAAAGAGGCCUUGUAACAACUCAUCCCAACACAGCCUCCAACAUUUGACUGUCACCUGAGUCUAACAGCAGUUUGACUUUGUUGUACAAUACAGCAAGUGAUCAUCACA